AUGAUGUGGCUGUGCAAUUUCCUACUUCUGCUAUGCCUCUCCAUUGGCAGACUCGUCCUUGCAGCACAGCAAAGAGAUGGCUCAUCCACAGGCUCAGUAUGCGGUGGCAAUGUGGAGCAGCCUACCUGGUUGCCAACUGCAUUAGAGAUCAAUGACCCAAAUAAUGGGGACGAACUGCGUCUGCAUCUCAAGCAAUGGGUAGAGCUUUCUUCCGUUGCUGACCUGCUCGCAGCAGCAGCUGCACCUCUUGUCGACGGCGGUGAAGGUCAUCUUUAUUCGCAUGCGAACGAGCUGAUUUCCCUCAUACAUGUGAGCUAUCCCUAA